UUGCCUUUUCCUUCGCCUUCCUCCCUUUUCCUCCUCCACCCCACCCUCGCCUCGCCACUCCAGAUCGACCCCCUCCUCCUCCGCGCGAAUUCUCCCCGCUCCGGUCUCCUCCGGCGAUCAACCUCUUCCCAGCAUACUAUUAACUCUCUGGUGAAAGAGAAGAAUCAAGGUUUCUUUAACAUCAAGGAUGUCAGUUUCUAUGAAGGAUUUGGAUCCAGCUUUUCGUGGUGCUGGGCAAAAAGAAGGUUUGGAAAUAUGGCGUAUCGAGAAUUUCAAGCCAGUUCCUAUUCCUGCAUCUUCGUAUGGAAAAUUUUUCAUGGGUGAUUCUUAUAUCAUCUUGAAGACAACUGUCUUGAAAAAUGGUUCUCUUCGACAUGACAUCCAUUACUGGAUUGGCAAAGAUACUAGUCAGGAUGAAUCUGGAACUGCAGCAAUUUUAACAGUAGAGCUUGAUGCUGCCCUUGGUGGGCGUGCUGUUCAAUACCGAGAGAUACAAGGCAAUGAAACAGAUAAGUUCCUCUCAUAUUUUAGACCAUGCAUCAUGCCACAGCCAGGAGGAGUGGCAUCUGGGUUCAAGCAUGUUGAGGUCAACGAGCACGAGCAUGAAACCCGUCUGUAUGUCUGUCAAGGGAAUCGUGUUGUUCAUGUUAAAGAGGUUCCUUUUGCUCGAUCGUCCCUGAAUCAUGAUGACAUAUUUAUUCUGGACACAAAGUCCAAAAUUUUCCAGUUCAAUGGCUCCAAUUCAUCCAUUCAAGAGCGAGCAAAGGCUCUUGAAGUUGUGCAGUACAUCAAAGAUACAUUCCACGAGGGCAAGUGUGAGGUUGCAGCUGUUGAGGAUGGCAGGUUGAUGGCCGAUGCUGAAGCUGGUGAAUUUUGGGGUUUUUUUGGUGGCUUUGCCCCUCUACCAAGGAGAGCCCCUGUAGAAGAUAAUGAGAAAUAUGAAGAAACUGCUUUCAAAUUGCUCUGUUUUAACCAAGGAAAGUUGGAGCCUGUCAAUUAUGAAUCCUUACUGCAUGAGUUACUCGAGACAAAUAAGUGUUACUUGCUAGACUGUGGUGUCGAAUUAUUUGUUUGGAUGGGCAGAACCACAUCUUUGCAGGAUAGGAAGAGAGCCAGUGAAGCUGCUGAGAAAUUGCUCUCUGAUGAUAACCGAACAAAAACGCAUGUAAUCAAAGUAAUUGAGGGGUUUGAGACAGUUAUGUUCAAAUCAAAAUUUAAAGAGUGGCCACAGACACCUGACUUGAAAUUGUCAUCUGAGGAUGGAAGAGGAAAAGUUGCAGCUCUUCUCAAACGCCAGGGCUUAAAUGUCAAGGGCUUGAUGAAAGCUGCCCCUGCAAAAGAAGAACCUCAAGCUUACAUUGAUUGCACUGGCAGUUUGCAAGUCUGGCGCGUAAAUGAUAAAGACAAGAUGCUUCUGUCAUCCUCUGAUCAAUCAAAAUUUUACACUGGUGAUUGCUACAUAUUUCAAUAUAUGUACCCUGGAGAUGAUAAGGAGGAGUGUCUUAUUGGAACUUGGUUUGGGAAGAAGAGUAUUGAGGAGGAUAGGGUAACUGCUAUUUCACUUGCAAGCAAGAUGGUUGAGUCUGCGAAAUUUCAGGCUGUCCAGACACGGAUAUAUGAGGGAAAAGAACCGAUUCAAUUCUUCGUCGUAUUUCAAAGCUUCCAAGUGUUUAAGGGUGGUCUAAGUUCUGGAUACAAGAAAUUUAUUGCUGAAAAUGGUAUUGAUGAUGACACUUAUUUGGAAGAUGGACUUGCACUCUUCCGAAUUCAAGGUUCAGGACCAGAAAACAUGCAGUCAAUUCAAGUUGAUGCUGUGGCAUCGUCUUUGAAUUCAUCCUAUUCGUACAUCCUACAUGAUGAAAAUACUGUAUUUACUUGGACUGGAAACCUUACUACCUCAUUAGAUCAAGAGUUAGUUGAGAGGCAGCUAGACAUAAUUAAGCCAAAUUUGCAGUCCAGAUCGCAGAAAGAAGGGUCAGAAACAGACCAGUUUUGGAGCUUACUUGGAGGCAAAUCUGAGUACUCAAGUCAAAAAGUAGGAAGGGAAAAUGAAAGUGAUCCCCAUCUUUUCUCAGGUAUCCUAUCGAAAGGCAAUUUAAAGAUCAAAGAAAUAUAUCAUUUCACUCAAGAUGAUCUGAUGACUGAAGAUGUUUUCAUUCUGGACUGUCACUCGGACAUAUUUAUUUGGGUUGGCCAGCAGGUAGAUGUUAAAGUGAGAUUACAAGCUCUGGACAUUGGUGAGAAAUUCCUUAAGCUUGAUUUCCUGAUGGAAAAUCUAUCCAGCGACACACCGAUUUUUGUUAUUAUGGAAGGAAGUGAGCCUACAUUUUUCACAAGGUUCUUCACUUGGGACUCAGCGAAAUCGCUUAUGAAUGGCAAUUCAUACCAGAGGAAGCUUUCCAUUGUAAAGGGUGGGGGUUCUCCUGCUUUGGAUAAACCAAAGCGACGAACACCAGUAUAUUCAGGAAGAAGCACUGUACAAGACAAAUCUCAGCGCUCCAGGAGUAUGUCCUUCAGCCCUGAACGUGUCCGUGUUAGGGGAAGAUCUCCGGCAUUCACUGCAUUGGCUGCUAACUUCGAAAGUGCAAACAGCAGAAAUCUUUCCACCCCUCCCCCAGUAGUUAAAAAACUUUACCCAAAAUCCACCACACCUGAUUCAUCAAAUGCACCGUCUAAGUCACCUGCAACUGCUUCUCUCACUGGUUCUUUUGAUCACCCUAAACCAGUCAAAGAUGGCUCUGAGUUGGAGAAGCCAAAACAAGAGGAAGGUGCAAAAGAAGGCAUUAACACCAUGACGAGUAGAGUUGAAUCUCUCACCAUUAAUGAAGAUGUGAAAGAAAAUGAGCCAGAAGACGAUGAGGGACUAGCAAUAUACCCAUAUGAUCGUCUGAAAACUACGUCUACUGAUCCUGUCACUGAAAUUGAUGUCACCAGGCGGGAGACCUACUUAUCUUCGGCUGAAUUCAAAGAGAAGUUUGGAAUGACAAAGGAAGCAUUUAUCAAGCUUCCAAAGUGGAAGCAAAAUAGACUGAAGGUUGCUCUUCAACUUUUUUAGCUUGGUCAGGCUUCAAAUUCCUCAUCCGACCUCCAGCUAAAGUGCUGCUUGAUGGUACGAGUCAAAUUGUAUAUCCCUGAAUAGCCCUUGGCAGUCUUGGUCGUUGUACAAUGUCUGUUUUCACAUUGCGUGGGACGAUUCGGGACGAAUCCUCCAUUUUUCUAGUCUUGAGUUUGCUUUUGCUAGUUUCGGCUUAUUCUUUCGAUUCAUAGGUAUGCCCUCUCAUCGUCACCCAUUUUACCAAGCGUUCAGUGCCGGUUUGGGGGUCAUACAGGCUUGGUUUUGAGGCUUGCAUUUUUGUACUAGUAUCCCCCGGUGUGUCCUUUUUUGAUUUUUGUAAUGGGCAUGAGGGAACGAGAAGUAUGUACAGCAGAGUGCCAACACUGUAAAAUCUCAGUAAUAUGUGAUUAUUUUAUAUUUGUGUGUAAACAUCUGGUCAUUUAUGUGAGAAUUAUUUAUUUGUGCAA